AUGGAUCACUACCUCGCGAAGACUUUAGUCUUGAACCUGUUGACUCUGCGCUUCGCGAAUCGUGAAUUGGGACAUCUUUUCCAUUGCCAUCAUGUGGCAAACGUGAGGAUAACAUUCAAAGAGGCGAUCGGCGUGCAGGGGCGUGCAGGCUAUUUCGAUGGCUACGGCAUCAUCCGCGACAUCAUGCAGAAUCACCUCAUGCAAGUGCUCACUCUGGUUGCCAUGGAGGCCCCGGCUACACUCGAAGCUGAAGAUGUUCGGGACGAGAAGGUGAAGGUGUUGAAGCAAAUCAGGCCCAUCUCACCACGUGAUUGUGUAAUCGGCCAGUACGAAGGCUAUCAGACAGACCCUGACAUCCAAAAGAUCAAUCUCAAGCAAGGCUACGCAUCUCGCUGCCCGACGUUCGCAGUCGCAGUGCUUUACCUGGACAACGAACGCUGGUCUGGAGUUCCAUUCAUCAUGAAAGCCGGCAAAGGUCUGGAGGUUCAACAGACCAUCGUCCGCAUACAGUUCAAGAAAGCUCCGCCAAGCAGCCUCUUUGGCGAGCAACCUCAAAACGAGCUGGUGAUCCGGAUCCAGCCCAACGAGGCCAUCUACUACAAG